UAGUAUAUAUGUAUAUUAUAGGGUCUCUGGCGUUUUCUCCUGGCUGUUAUGAUAACAAGUUAUUUAAGCAACAGAAACUUCAUCAACGAGCAUUUUUUUUUUAAUUUUCGCCACAUUUCAUUUUCUUUAUUCUCUAAUCUAACACAUUCAUACCAAAACACGAACGUACAUACCUUUCCUCCAACAAAAAUAUUAACAGAAUUUAUUGAAAACCGCUGCACACACGCUGAGCUUUGGUGAUAAUCGACGCGACAAGUCAUCAGUUGCCACUAACAGCAGACAACAAACGGCCAAGCAAUGUUUUACGCCACGAUCGGUUUCACAACAACAACAGGCAUUAGCAAAGCUAAUAAACAAAACAAAAACAAUCGGAAUGAUCAACUCAUUAAGCAGACAAAUUAAUGAAUGAGAAGCACAAAAGUGUCGCAUUCUGUCGCAAUAUUCUUGGAUUUUAUGCUCUACACAUUUAUGGGCGACGUGGAGGUGCGGCAAGAUGAUUGCAGACUGUUGGCUGCUGCUUGCCUGCCGGCUGCUGGUUAGUUGAUGGUGAAUCGAACGCUUGGUGUGUGAUAAACCACACUACUCGUUGUGUCUUUGUGACAGUCGCGUACAAACUCGCACGCUCAGCUGACUGUUCAUUUGUCUGUCGGUUUUUGUGAGAACAUUAAUGCAAUUGCUUGUGUUUUGCUUAUAAUUAUUUAUUGCGAGUUUUGGGAAAGGGUUUCCAGCGUUUCUGUGUUGUGAUUUUACCGCUGAAUGAAGGUUUAUAUAAAAAUAGCAACCGUUAUAAUUUAUAUAAAAUUUAAAUAGUGCAGAGUUUUAAAUUAAAAAAUCAACAAAAUUUCGUCGCUAAAUUCAAGUUUUGAAAACCUCAACAUUUCGGAUCAGGAGGAAGAUGUCGACCCCAUUGCGAUGCUGGGAACAGCAUUGCUGGGGAAACGUACCACAAAGUCUGUGAAAAAGAAACCCUUUACAGAAGUGGAAAUAAAAGAUUUGCGAACUGCAUUCGAUCUCUUAGACAGAAAUCGUGAUGGGCGUGUCACAGCAAAUGAGUUGCAAUUUAUGUUGAAAAAUCUUGGCAUAAAUGUGCGAGACGAAAUCAUACACGAUCUCAUACGCGAGGCAAGCCAUUCUGGAAAUGGGUUAAUCAACGAGGCCGAAUUCCUGCAAUGGGUGGGACGCAUUCAGGCGUUACGUGAUGAACAGCAGCAGCAACAACAACAGCAAGAAGAGAAUGCAAGCAAACCAGAGGAGAACGAUGAUGUCACCGAAGAUUUAAUCGCCGCAUUUAGAGUAUUUGAUCGUGACGGCAAUGGCUUCAUUACCCGCGACGAGCUGCAAACCGCCAUGGAAAUGAUUGGAGAACCCCUCUCUGAAACGCAACUCACACAAUUAUUGGCCAUAGCCGAUUUGGAUCAAGACGGCCGAAUUAAUUACGAAGAAUUUACGAGACUUUUACUUUAAAGUGAUGAACAUCCAUAAAACUAAGCAUAAUUACAAAUAUUAGCGAAGCAACAACAAACAAACUACAAUGUCAACAACAAAUAUAUGCAAAAGUUUAUAUACACACAUACAUAUAUAUUUACAACAGUGCAGCAUACUCAAGUUACAUAAGUACUAAAGAAAUUAUCGAAAUCUUCUUGACAAAAACAAAAAGUAAAUAAAUAACAAAAUUUUGUAAGUUUGUCGGCGUUUAUCUGCUGGACCAGAAGCAAGCUAAGCAGCAGCAGGAGGGUGGUGCAACAACAAGCACGCAUAUAUGCAUACAUAUGUAUGUGUAUGUGUGGCUGUUGAAAGGGGACCACGAAAGUCACAAAA